AUGGUGGCCGAGCUGCGGGCGGUGAUCAGGGAGGAGAUUGUCGCUGUGCGUGCGGAUCUCGCCGCUCUGGAGCACCGCGUGGACGCCUUGGAUGCUGAGCGCCUUCAGAACUCCCAUCUGCAGCAAGCUGCGGACCUGGCGACCACCAGGCAGGGGAACCUACUCCUAGAUCUCCGCCGUCAGGUCGAAGAUCUCGACAAUAGAGGUAGGCGGAACAACAUUAGGAUCCGGGGGUUACCGGAGGCUGAAGGGGAGCUGCCACACGAACUACUCACCGGCUUGUUCUCGCACCUGCUGGGGGAGGCGGCGCCAGAUGACUUCGACAUUGAGAGGGCGCAUAGAGCUCUGCGGGCGCCCCGGCAUGAUGGGUUGCCGAGGGACUUGAUUUGCGCCCUGGCGUCCUUCCCGCUCAAGGAAGAGCUGAUGAAGGCCGCGCGCUCCCGCCCCGACCUUCGCUAUAUGGAUGCCCCGGUGGCCUUGUAUCAUGAUCUGUCGCAGACCUCCUUGGAUGCCCGGCGGGCCUUGCGGGCCGCUUACCCACCUGCUCCAAAAAAAGAAGAAUCCCGUUAUUUUAUGGUUUAG